AUGCCAAUUAUUGUUUCACUUGCAAUGGACACUGCUAAGGUUCAGCAUGUCACCAAAAAAUCUUCGGAUGAGCUUCUCAGGAAGUUUGCUGAAGUGGGUUGUGAGGAGCCUGGAAAAAGGAGGAGGAAGAAGAGGAGCGAAGAUGAAUUGUGUGACUCUGACAGCCCUUCAACUGGUGGCGCCGCCCUGGUGGAAAGGAGGUCCCUUUUGCCGUCCAAGGUGACACGGAGGAGGUCGGUGGUGCUCCGGCAGCUCAGGGUCAGAAACAAGUCAUCACUCUUUGGAAGCAUUCACAAGACAUGGCGUAGAACCAUUGAAGGUGCCUCCAGAGUUUUCUUGGAAAAGCAUUAUCAUCCCCAUAAGCGUUUGAUGAAUGACAUUGUUUAG